AUGGCGGAGAGUGAUCGAGAGAAGGUUCGGUCACAAUUCUUGGACCAACCUGCAGAGUCACAUCCGGGUCAUUGGGAUGCUUUGUGGAAGCAGGUGAGUGGAUGUAGAAUCGAGACGGAGCCGGGGGAUCCAUGACUGACAUGUGUGUUUGAUUUUCGUCUAUUCAGAAGGUUACCCCGUGGGAUCGGAGUGGCCCGUCGAUAGCUCUGAAGGACACGACUACAAGCCAUUCGGACAUCUUCGGCUCGCCACUGCAUUCGUCGGGCGAGAAGCGCAAGCGAGCUUUCGUGCCCGGGUGUGGGAGAGGCUACGAUGUGUUGCUUCUUGCUUCCCUCGGAUAUGAUACCUACGGGCUCGAUGCCUCUGAGAAUGCCAUCGAGGCAGCUAGAAAGCUGCAGGCAGAAUCCAAGGAUAGUGAGACGUACGCGCCGCAGGACUCCAAUGUUGGAGCUGGCAAAGUCAAAUUCAUGCGGAACGACUUCUUCAACGAUGACUUCCUCUCCGACACAGAUGGCGGGAGCUUCGAUUUGAUCUUCGAUUAUACCUUUCUCUGCGCGCUUCCACCGGAGUUGCGACCAUCGUGGGCCAAGCGAAUGAGCGAACUGCUGUCGCCGAAUGGACAUUUGGUUUGUCUAGAAUGGCCGCUAGGAAAGGACCCGAAAGCAGGAGGCCCACCGCAUGGUCUCUCUUCGGAUUUGUAUGUGCAGCUUUUCGCGCACCCUGGACAGGCUGUGACUUAUGAUGACGACGGCUUUGUAUUGAAGAAAGCGGGCGGAGAGAAGAGCCCAGGAGCUCUCAACAGAAUCGACCACUUCAUGCCCGAACGGACGCACGAGGCCGGUAAGGGUAAAGACUAUGUGUCGAUAUGGAAGCAUGCGAAGGCUUGA